UUUACUCCUGUAGAAUAAUUAUUUGCGAUUGUUGUUUAUAUAAUUUUGUAUUCAAUAUGAAAAGAAGAAGUACUUAUUGCACCACAAGGCCACACUGUCUGCGCAUGCGCACUAAGCCUCUAAAUGAAAGCGAAAGAAUAGUUCGACAGCGGACUACAGGCUAUAACACCACCGUAAGAAGUACUUCUCAAUGUACCGCAAGGCCACACUGUCUGCGCAUGCGCACUAAGCCUCUAAAUGAAAGCGAAAGAAUAGUUCGACAGCGGACUACAGGCUAUAACACCACCGUAAGUAAACACAAGAGAAAGAGAUCAGAAUCACCAACACACAGCUGUAUCUCCAUGAUGGGUGACAUGGCUAUGGAGCCUCCUCUGCAGUUUAAAGAUGGAGACUCAUCACUUCUACACAGUAAACUACAGAGAAAGAGAUCAGAAUCACCAACACACAGCUGUAUCUCCAUGAAGAGUGAUGUGUCUAUGGAUCGUCCUAUGAAGUUUAAAGAUGGAGACUCAUCACUUCUACACAGUAAACUCCAGGGAAAGAGAUCAGAAUCACCAACACACAGCUGUAGCUCCAUGAAGAGUCAUGAGCCUAUGGAUCAUCAUCUGGGGGUUAAAGCUGUAGACUCCUCACUUCUACACAGAUACGACCCAGAAUCUGCUGGUGGAAAUGAAUUCCAGAAAAAAGUUCAAAUCAUAUUUGAUGAAGAAGUUUCAGUGUUUGAAUGGAGUGAUAAUAAACCUGGGAACCCAAACACUCCUGAAUGAGAUCUACACAGAGCUCUACAUCACAGAGGGAGACAGUGGACAAGUCAAUAAUGAACAUGAGGUGAGACAGAUGGAGGCAGCAUCCAGGAGAAGAACAACAGAGGAAACACCAAUCAAAUGCAAUGACAUCUUUAAGCCUUUAUCUGAACAAGACAAACCCAUCAGAACUGUGCUGACAAAUACAUCAUCUAAACAAGACAAACCCAUCAGAACUGUGCUGACAAAGGGAGUCGCUGGCAUCGGAAAAACCGUCUCUGUGCAGAAGUUCAUUGUGGACUGGGCUGAAGGGAAAGUAAAUCAGGACGUCCACCUCAUAUUUCCACUUCCUUUCAGAGAGCUGAACUUGAUGAUGGACCAGAAAAUGAGCCUGAUGGAGCUCCUUCAUGUGUUUUUUAAGGAAACAAAAGAAACAGAAACGUCCAGUUUGGAAAAGGUUCUGUUCAUUUUUGACGGAUUGGACGAGUGUCGUUUUCCUCUAGAUUUCCAGAACACAGUGAGAGUGUGUGAUGUAACUGAAUCAGCAUCAGUGCCUGUGCUGCUGAUAAACCUGAUCAAAGGGAAUCUGCUUCCAUCUGCUCUCAUCUGGAUCACCUCCAGACCUGCAGCAGCUGAUCAAAUCCCCUCUGAGUGUGUGGAUCGAGUCACAGAGGUACGAGGGUUCAAUGACCCACAGAAGGAGGAGUACUUCAGGAAGAGGAUCAGUGAUCAGAGCCUGGCCAAUAACAUCAUCACACACCUGAAGUCAUUAAGAAGCCUCUACAUCAUGUGUCACAUCCCAGUCUUCUGCUGGAUUACAGCCACUGUUCUAGAGAGAAUGUUGGGUGAAGCAGAGAGUGGAGAGAUCCCCAAGACUCUGACUCAAAUGUACACACACUUCCUCAUCAUUCAGACAAACAUCAUCAGAGAAAAAUACUCAAAGAAGCAGGAGAGUGAUGAAGAAAUGCUUCUUAAACUGGGACAACUGGCUUUUCAGCAGCUGAAGAAAGGGAACCUGAUCUUCUAUGAUGAAGACCUGAGAGAGUGUGGUAUUGAUGUGACAGAAGCAGCAGUGUACUCAGGUGUGUGUACUCAGAUCUUCAGAGAGGAGUUUGGGCUUCACCACAGUAAAGUGUACUGCUUUGUUCAUCUGAGCAUUCAGGAGCAUCUCGCAGCUCUGUAUGUGCACCUGACCUUCAUGAAGGAGAAGAGAAAUGUUCUGAUACAGAAUCAGGGUUAUAACAGGUGGAUGAACACUAAUACAAUCUCAGAUGUACACAUCAGUGCUGUAGAUCAGACUUUACACAGUCAGACUGGACAUCUGGAUCUUUUCCUUCGCUUUCUUCUGGGUCUCUCACUGGAGUCCAAUCAGAAACUCUUACAUGUUUUAGUAACACAGACAGGAAGUAACCCUCAGAGCACACAGGAAACAGUUCAGUACAUUAAGAAGAAGAUCAGUGAAGAUCCUCCUACAGAGAAAUCCAUCACUCUGUUCCACUGUCUGAAUGAACUGGGUGAUGAUUCUCUAGUGGAGGAAAUCCAACACUACCUGAAAUCUGGAAAACAAAGUGAACUUUCUUCUUCCCAGCUUUCUGCUCUGGUGUUUGUGUUACUGACAUCAGCACAGGAGCUGGAUGAGUUUGACCUGAGUAAAUAUUUCAGUACAGAUAAGAUAACAGAAAAAGUUGUUCUGAAGAUGAUGCCUGUGAUUACAGCAUCCAGUAAAGCAAUGUAAGUAAAUGUGAAUAUAACUGUUCUACUGUUACAGUGUUAGAGAGAAACUGAACACACUCUAAUAUGGACUUUGGGAUGUUCUGACCUGAAGGUGAUACAGAGUGGAGUUCAUGUAAAUAGAUAAAUUAGGGAAUAAAAACUGCAUUAAUAAAUGAAUGAUACUGAAGUGCAGCUAUUAAACAUGUAGAAGCAGGUGAUUACAUUUGAGGGAGUUUUGUAGUUUUGUAGUUAUGACUUAUCUUAAUAUCUUACAAUAAUGAUGAAGUUAAUGCAGGUUUUAUGUUGGAUGUUUGAUGUAUAUUAAACACACCUGUGUACCAGACAUAAAGAACCAUGUUUACUGCAGUAAUGACAAAUUCUAAUCCCCAAAAAGUUUUUAUUCAUUAUUAACUUUUAUUUGUGAGGUGGAAAUGGUCUUUUAUAGGAAACUGACUUUAAAAAGUUUUAUACUCGUUAGAGGAAACAUUUUUAUAAUAAUAAUAAUAAUAAUAAUAAUAAUAAUAAUAAUAAUAAUAAUUAGAGAGAAUUCGACUCUAGAGGCAGGAGGAAGCAUCAAUAUAAAGAAGAGACUGUUGGACUUGGACAGAGUAGAUUUUGAACCUAUAAGGGGAACUUUUGAGAAUUUUGAGAAAGUUGGAGGAAAACUAAAGGUUUAUUUCAUUUAAACAAUAGUUGAGACACGAGUGUGGAAGAGCAGAGUCACGUUUUAUGGACAUAUAAAAUACACUGCACUAAA